AUAGUCCAAGGCGGCGGGAGUAAGAGGAAACCCCAUGGUUUGUGGCAUCUGCAUUCGCAAAUCCCCAGCAACACCAGCGGCAAAGUUUGGUACACGUGGGAGUGGCUUAUGCAAAAAAUGCUUAACUGAUGUUGAGAUUUCUUCACCUAUUCAGAAAAGGACAGCUAAACUCAUCUCAAAGUACGAGAAACAGAUUGAGGAGCUAACCAGCCAGUGCAACAUCAAGUCCGACGAGUGCUCCAUGGCGUGGUCUUUAGUAGAAUCUACCAAUCAAGAACUUGACAGGCUUAAGAUGGAGCUUCACCAAAAGCUUGUGCAAACUGAUAAUUUUGAACAAGUCCUUGACACACAAACGGACCAACUAAGAAAAGUUUCUCAGAACUACGAAAAUGACAAGAAACUAUGGGCUGCUGCCAUAUCUAACUUGGAGAGCAAAAUCAAGGCCAUGAAACAAGAGCAAGCACUGUUAUCUCUUGAAGCACACGACUGUGCGCACGCGAUUCCUGAUUUGAGUAAGAUGAUUGAAGCUGUUCGAGCCUUAGUUGCACAGUGUGACGAUCUGAAAAUGAAGUACCACGAGGAGAUGGCCAAGAGAAAGAAACUUCAUAAUAUUGUCCAGGAGACAAAAGGAAAUAUUAGAGUUUUCUGCAGAUGCCGCCCCUUGAGCAAAGUUGAGACAUCGUCAGGGUACAAAUGUGUUGUAGAUUUUGAUGGAGCAAAUGAUGGCGACAUUGGGAUUAUAAAUGGUGGAACAGCAAAAAAGACAUUCAAGUUUGACAGAGUCUACACCCCAAAGGAUGACCAAGCUGAGGUUUACGCCGAUGCAUCUCCACUAGUCACGUCAGUGCUAGAUGGAUACAAUGUAUGCAUAUUUGCAUACGGACAAACAGGAACCGGGAAGACCUUCACCAUGGAAGGGACUGAAAGGAACAGAGGAGUAAACUAUAGAACUCUGGAGGAGUUGUUCAAGAUUGCUGAGGAGAGAAAAGACACUGUCACGUACAACAUAUCUGUUAGUGUGCUUGAGGUGUACAAUGAACAAAUCAGAGACCUCCUUGCAACAUCCCCUUCAUCUAAGAAGUUGGAGAUCAAACAAGCAGGUGAAGGAUCCCAUCAUGUGCCCGGCAUAGUUGAGGCCAAAGUUGAGGACAUAAAUGAAGUUUGGGAUGUCUUACAAACUGGAAGCAAUUCGAGGGCUGUAGGGUCAAACAAUGUGAAUGAACACAGCAGUCGCUCACACUGCAUGCUUUGUAUCAUGGUUAGAGCAAAGAACCUGAUAAAUGGGGACUGUACAAGAAGUAAGCUUUGGUUAGUUGAUCUUGCUGGAAGCGAGCGGUUAGCCAAGACAGACGCGCAAGGUGAUCGGCUCAAGGAAGCACAAAAUAUCAACAGGUCGCUUUCUGCUUUAGGGGAUGUCAUUUCUGCUCUUGCUUCCAGAAGCAGCCACAUCCCUUACAGGAAUUCCAAGCUGACGCACUUGCUCCAAGACUCUUUAGGAGGGGAUUCGAAAGCCCUAAUGUUUGUGCAAAUUAGCCCAUCCGACAAUGACGUGUCAGAAACCUUGAGUUCGUUGAACUUUGCAAGCCGUGUCCGUGGCAUAGAACUGGGCCCAGCAAAGAAGCAGGUGGACACAGCCGAGCUUCAAAAGGUCAAACAGAUGCUUGAAAGGUCUAAGCAGGAAGCCAAGCUUAAGGAGGAAUCUUUGAGAAAGCUGGAAGAGAACUGUCAAAAUUUAGAGAGUAAAGCCAAGGGAAAAGAGCAGCUUUACAAAAACUUGCAAGACAAGGUGAAGGAGCUUGAAAGCCAACUAGACUCUAAGAUGCAUUCUCAAAUUACGUCGGAAAAGCAGCAGAGUCAGCUUUCUGGAAAACUUAAGGAGAAGGAAGAAGCAUGUACUGCGCUACAGCACAAGAUAGUGGAGUUGGAGCGUAAGCUUGGACAGCAGCAGCAGUCAGACUCUGAGGUCGCAGCUCUUAAGCAAACGAUUGAGGAGGUGGAGCUGAAACUAAAGGAGCAGGAAGAGCAAAGAUCAGCUGCAGAAUCAAAGGCAAUGGAAAUGGGGCAAGAACUCUUGGAAGCACAGAAAACAGAGUCAAUGCUUCAGAGCAAGCUGCUCGACCUCGAGAAGAAGCUGCAGGAGAUGACAAAACUCAAAGACGCAAGCACGAUGCCUGACCCAAAACCUCAAGACGCUAGUAGCACGAUGAUGCCUGAACCAAAGCCUCAAGGCACUAGUAGCACGACGAUGCCUGAACCCUCAAACAAUAAUCUAGUCACAAGGGUUCUUCCUGCCACCCCUGUGGAGACAAACGUGGUGCCGGCUUGUUGUGCGAGGGAGGAGGCGAUGAGCGAGAAGGCGCAGCAGCACCGCCGCAUCCUGAGGAGCUCCGACUCGGCCAACAAGCGCUCCCUGUUUGCCCCGGAGGCGGCCGUCGUGAACGAGAGGAAGAGGAAAGGGGAGGAGAGCCACCCUCGUGCGGGUGGCGGUGGCGGUGGCAGGCAGAACGCCGGGCGGAAGAGGAGCAGCAUGCAGGGUGAGGUCGAGAACCAGCUCCCUGCUGCCGCCGCCGCCGUGGCGAGGAAGAGGAGCCUGCAGGGCGGCGAGGUGAGGUCGAAGAGGGCGUCGAUCCCGGCGAGGCCUUGGACGUCGGCGGCUGCUGCUGCGCAGAAGGUGGUGGUGGCUCCUGGUUCCAGGAUGACCAGGCAGCAGCAGCAGCAGCAGGCGGCGGUGGCGAGCAGCAACAAGACCAAGGGGUGGGUGAGGUGAGGUAGGCUGCGAGCGUUUAGGUGCGUGUGUUGUAGUAGAUGAGAUGAGAUGAGAUGAGAUGAGACGGGACGG